CGCACUCGCCCUGGGCGUAUCAGCAUGGGGAGCAUCCGCAUCCCGAAUUUCCCAGCGUUCUGCAAUCCGUACCUCGAACUCCGGAGCAAUCCCCACUGCCACGCCAUCUCGCUCUCGGCCGAGAAGUGGGCGCUGUCGACUCCGCUAUUCCUCGACGCGGAGGAGGAAGCACGCCUCCCGGGCGCACGCCUCGGGUUGCUCGCGGCGCUCUGCUUCCCCACAUGCGACGCGAGCCAGCUCUUCGCGAUCACCAAGUUCCUCAUCGUGAUCAUGCACUGGGUGGACCGGCCGCGGUCACUGUACGCGGACGAGGAGGCGUUUGACCCGGUGUGGGCCAAGUACUUCCGCCCGACCACGCGCCGGGAAUGGCAGAAGCGUUUCCAGCGGCACCUGGCCGCUUUCCGGCUCGGGCAAGCACUCACGGCACAAGAUGCGGCGCAGGGCAUCGUCCCCGAUCUGGAGUCGUACAUCGGGCUUCGGCGAGACGCGUGCGGGGUCAGAAUGCUACUCGACCUGGUUCUUUACGCCGGAGGGUUGAACGUCCCACCAUACGUGUACGAGCACCCUGUGCUGCGAAGGUUGCGGCAAGACGCUGCGGAUAUCAUCGCGUGGUCCACGGACGUUGCGGCGUACGCGCGGAGGCCUCAUAGCAGCAACAUCAUCGCAGUGCUCAUGCAUGAACGACGAUAUACGGCGCAGGCUGCCGCGCACUUUGCCGGGAACCUCGUCAAAGACACCAUUACGAACUUCGUCACGAACGAGAUGUCGCUGCCGGCGUUCGGUGACCGAGACGCGGAUGUCCGAGCCUACGUUCAGGGCCUACGCGACUGCGUCGUCGGUACCCUGCAUUGGCUGUACGAGACCGACCGGUACUUCGGGGAGACAGCGGAGGACGUGCGCUCGUCCGGCUGGGUGUUCAUGAACGCGUGAUUAAUGAUGCUGACGCCCUCCUACUUAUGUUCGAUACGCCUUUAUUACCGACUACUUGCGAACUUCUUGAUACAUACUUGGACACGUCACAUCCUUCGAAUUCGUUCUCCCACUCGCCUACCACGUACACUAUACCUACCUUCGGAAGGAUGAUGCCUGAGCCGUCGAUAGUACGCUUCAGAAGUACGAUAGAUUCCGCGCUGCACCAUGAUUGCCAGAGCGGUCAGCACCAGCACUAGUUAGUCGAGUUCCCCCUCUCUCUGCAGUCCCAUCACUUGUUUUUAUAGCCGUUCAGCUCGUGUACAUCCCCGAUCAAUCAACUGCUUGC